UUUCCUUUCGAGAAGCUGCGUGGGCUCGCAGCGUUAAAGAAAGUAAACGCGGGCAAGACAGAUGACGAUUAUCGUUGUGGGACAAGAUAGGCCCCAAAGGGUGUAAAUAUUUCUAAGAGUUUAGACAAAAGUACACCCUUCGUGGUGUGUGUGCUGUUAUCGCCUGCAUGUGUGCGGCAUGUGACGUCACGACAGAUAGCUGGGCGGCAACUGCGAGCGCCAAGCAACUUGUAACACGUGACGCCCCCCGAGUGUAUAUUAUCGGCCAGCACACAAAACAAGUGGCUCUUUCCUUUCGUCCCCUGGAGCGCGGCUCGUCGAGUGUUCCUUCCGACACGCAUGCGCGUCGCGCUCGUAUGCAGUGUCACUACACGGUGUCAGAAGUGGGCAGUGGUCAACGUAUCUCGCUGAGGCCGUGGACGGCAGCAUUUCCAGAAAAUGGCAAACCAACCCGCAACGGUAAUCCCGGGGCUCCAGCAGCCACCACCGCUGGACUUUGACAAAACGUCAGAGUGGCCGGCGUGGAUCGACCACUUCGAUGAUUACCGCUUCGCCACAGCUCUCAACGAGCGUUCGGGAGAGGUCCAGGUGCGCACGCUACUUUACACAAUGCGACGCCAAGCCCGCGAAGUCUUUGCUACAUUUGAGCUGACCGACGAUGAAGCAAAAAGUUAUGAUGUCGCAAAGCAUAAGUUCGACAGUCAUAUCGUCAAAGAGCGGAACAUUGUUAAUGAAAGUGCCUGCUUUCACAGACGCCAGCAAUGGCCAGAAGAAUCGAUGGAUUAGUUCGCAACCGCACUUCACGUGCUGGCAGGCCGCUGCGACUUUGGGGAUAUGAAGAAGAGACUCAUCCGGGACAGGUUUGUCGUCGGGCUCCAGGACGUGCAACUAUCCGAGGCCUUGCAGACGGAUCCGCAGCUGACAUUGGCUACGGCGCUGGCUAAGGCUCGCCUCAAGGAAACCGUGCGUCAGCAGCAGCAGAGCCUUCGACCGGAGGGUGUCCACAUCGGGAGCCCGCCAGAACUUCAGGACCAAGGCGCCAUCGUGGACGCCGUGGGCCACAAGAAACGACCGCAGCACAAAGAGGGACGGUGCCCCUACUGCGUCGGCGACGCGCACCCAAGGUCGACGUGCCCAGCCAAGGCUUCCAAGUGCCACUACUGUGGUAACAAAGGAAAUUUUGCGAAAGCCUGCCUCAAGAAAGUUGGGUCAGCGCAAAGAAAGACCCUUUCCACCUGGACCGCAACCUUGGUAGCGGUGUGUAUGAGAAGAUGGACACGCAUAUCAAGAAUGCCUUCAUCAAAGCACUGUCCCACUUUGAAACACCCAUAGACAACGUUCCUGAAGGCUACCGUUCGUUCCUGGAGUACUACUUUGACCGCCGGCAUCUUGCUGACAAAUUCCUACGGAAGAGUCAGGGAUGCCACCCGCGUGUCAAGAAUGGCGACUCCAGGAACGAGCGGAACAAAAAUGGGGACAAGGAGAAUGAUGCAACUGCUGGUGGCAAUUGUCCCAUGGAAGUGCUGCAGCACCCGAGUGGCAGGCCUUGGCACUUCAAGUUUCGGCCACAGCAGAGCAUACAGAAUCUGGACCCAGAAAACAUGGAUUCAGAGAUGCUGAAGCCUCUAAACCCACAGAGGCCGAAUCCGUCGCAGCUGGGCUCCAUGUUGCACCAGAGGCUACAAGCCGCACAGGGAGCGCGAUCGCAUCAGGCCAGAAACAAGCGGCAUUCCUCGCGUCACCAGCAACAACAGGGUGCUCAAGCAGAGGGUCAAACAGGCCAUCCCGGUCUCACUCCUAAAGUGCCUCAUGAGGGAAAUGCACUACCGAGGAUUGCCCAGCCACAGUUCCAGAGGGUGCCACAGAACAUGGGAACAGCAGGCCUCCAGAUGGGAGCUGCCCCCAGCUCCUUUGUCCCGCCUAUGAUCACGCCUACGCCGUUUGUGGUAGCACCGCCCUUUCGCCCACUGAAGUCCCCGGGAAGCAACUGCCAGACGGCACCCCACCCUGAUGUGCCGGCCCGCCUGCUGGGGCUGCAUCAACAGCAGCCAGCGCAACAGCUUUCAGAAGACAUGGGACACCAGCGAUAUGGCCAGGGGAGGCCGAAUCCGCCGCAGCUGGGCCUCGUGUUGCAACAGAGGCAACGAGCCGGACAGGGAGCGCGGUCGCGUCAGGCCAGGAACCAGUGGCAUUCUUCGCAUCACCAGCAACAACAGAGUGCUCAAGCAGAGGGUCAAACAGGCCAUCCCGGGCUUGCUCCCAAAGUGCCACAUGAGGGGACUGCACCACCGGGGAUCACCCAGACACAGUUCCAGAGGGUGCCACAGAACAUGGGAACGGCAGGUCUCCAGAUGGGAGCUGCCCCCAGCUCCUUUGUCCCGCCUAUGGUCACGCCUCCGCGUUUUGUGGUAGCACCGCCCUUUCGCCCACCGGGGUCCCCGGGAGCCAACAGCCAGACGGCACCACACCCUGAUGUUCAGACCUGCAUGCUGGGGCUGCAUCUACAGCAGCCAGCGCAACAGCUGUCGGAAGACAUGGGACACCAGCGAUAUGGCCAGAGGCCGCAGCCCAUGGGUCCACUGUCAUGGCACCAUUUCAGUAGCUUUCUCGGACCAAGGGGGCCCCACAACCUCCCCCCACACUUCGUAGCAAUGCCCCCACCACCAAAUCAGCAGCAGCCCUUCCUCUGCGGGCCCCCUACGAUGCCGCCGUUCGUUACGAUGCCAAGCCAGCCAGUCUUCCCCAGAGCACUGUGCAGUGACCAUCCAUCACAGCUAUGGGACCCCUCACCACAUGGGAGCCAUGAGGUUAAGUCUGUGCCACCGCAAGAUUAGGAAAUCUCUGAAAAGGCUUUUCUUGCACCCAACAUUUACUUGUUAGAAAAUUCUCCCCCCAUCCCUUUCCUGUGGCGAUGCUUGUUCCCAAAAACUGAUGCACAAUGGGCAUCCAUUGACAAGCCCCUUAAGUCACACAUUCAUCAGGACUCAAUGGUGGACAUUUGUCUGCCAUGAUGGCAAGAAAAGUGUGUAAUUGCCAUUUCUUGUAAAUAUGGGCAGAACUUAAAGAGCAGAUAAGUGGCCUAAACAAUGUUCGCCCUGCCCAUAGCUCUGUAUGAUUGCAGUAAAAUUUGUAAUUAAAGAGAAAUUAAAGCAU